GACUAUAUAAUGAACGAUGAUGCAGAGAGUCUUCCAGGCUUCACCAUGAGAACACUGAUCUUCAUCGCUUUCUCGCUCUACCACUUCACUGUGGCGCAGGUUGAUGAUGGCGGCUCCACCGGGUCACAGGGGGUCCACUCUGAGUAUUCAGAGCAUUAUUGCAGCCCCAAAAUCCUGUCGGAGCUCAAAGAACUGAAGAGCUUAGCAGCAGAGCAGAAGACUGCUUUAGAGGAACUGAAGAAACAAGCAGCAGGAAAUCAGUGCAGCACUGAAAUUCAGUCGGAGCUGAAGGAGCUGAAAACCACGGUGGCAGAGCAGAAGGUUAAGCUGGAAGAACUUCAGAAAGAGAUAGCAGAUAAACCUAAUGUGGCGUUCUCAGCUUCACUCUUUGGUGAGGGAGGUCAAACGCUUGGAGGGUACAAUUCUGAGGUUGUUCUGAAAUUCCAGAAAGUCUUUGUGAACAUUGGGCAUGCAUACAACCCGUCUACUGGAAUGUUUACAGCACCAGUGAGAGGGGUGUACUACUUUGGCUUCUCUGCUUUCGCUAAUGGCAAAAACGCUAUGGGCGUACAUCUGCGCAAAAACGGACAGAACAUAGUGGCCGCGUACGAUUACAACAACAGCCAUAAAGAUGUCAAUGGAGCUAACAGGGCCAUUCUUCUGUUGGAAAAGGGAGACCAAGUGAAUAUUGGUCUUUGGUCUGGACUGAGCAUUUUUGACAGUUACAAUAGUGUCAGCACCUUCUCUGGAUUCUUGCUCUUCAAAAUGUAAUACAACUAAUUUGGCAACACUUGAAGGGAAAAUUAAUUCAUGGUAUGUACAACAAAAUGUCUGAACUAAUUCUGAUACAUCAGCUCACAGACGCCUUGUGCUGAUCGACAUCACCCUAGGAGUGAUGAGGGGAAAGAGCGCCAUCUACCCACUCGAGAGAGCAAGAUCAAUUUUGCUCUCUCAGGGCUCCGGCAGCUGAUGGCAAGCUGCAUGACUGGGAUUCGAACCAGCGAUUUUCCGAUCAUAGUAACAGGGUUGUAGACCACAGGACCAGUCGGCGCCUGUCAAUUAAUUAUUAAUUGCAACUAGUUAAAAUAUUAAUAAUAAUUUUUAGUCAGUUUUUACACUGUCUCAAUUAAAUAUUUAAAUUGAGUAUUCA